ACUGCGUUUGCUGCGGGACUAAUCCCGGGGCCGGAUGGUAUCAUGGAGCCAUCCAGGGAGCAGCAGCAAAGUUCCGAGGCGCCCAGCUCCACGCUUUCCGGAGACCCCCCGCCCACGGAGCGGCUGUCGGUCCCCGAGGUCCUCUGCGUGGAGGGUGGCACCUCGGAGACCCCGAUCCCUGACGCUCAGCUCCAGGACAGGCCCCUGUCGCCGCAGGAAGAGGUGGCUCUCCCGGAGCAGGCGGAGCUGCAGGAAUAUCGCCGUCCUCGUGCGCGCUCCUUCUCUUUGCCGGCGGACCCCAUCCUGCAGGCUGCCAAGCUCCUGCAGCAGCAGCAGCUGGAGGGACAGCCCGGCGCGGAGUGUGGCGAGCGGGCCGUGGACUGCUGCGCCAAGUGCAAGAAGCGCGUGCAGUUCGCGGACUCCCUGGGGCUGAGCUUGGCCAGCGUGAAGCACUUCAGCGAGGCGGAGGAGCCUCAGGUGCCGCCGGCCGUGCUCUCCCGUCUCCGCAGCUUCCCGCUGAGCGCCGAGGACCUGAAGCAGGUCGGGGGGCUGCUGACGGUGGCAAAAGUGCCCGCGCCCCUCUGGGUGCCGCGCAUCCAGCUCCGACCCCUCUUCCAGCUCCCGGGGCUGAGCGCUGUGGAGGAGCGUCUGCGGCGACAGCGAGUGUGUCUGGAGUGCGUGCAAUGCUCCCAGCCGCCCCACGCGGAGGUGACCGGCUCGGGCCGGGUGAUCAGCUGUCCUGGACCCAGGGCUGUGGCGGUGCGCUACACCUUUACCGAGUGGCGCACCUUUCUGGACGUGCCAGCCGAGCUGCAUCCUGAGUCACCGGAGCAGCUGCCUCCUGUGCCAGCGGGGCACUCUGGACCAGGGGCUGAGGAUAGUGAGGAGGAGCCUGUCACCGAGCGUUUCUGCUUCUCGCUGUGCCUGCCCCCAGGUCUGCAACCCAAAGAAGGGGAGGACGCUGACACAUGGAACGUCGCUAUCCAUUUUGCCGUCUGUUACCGCUGUGAACAGGGCGAAUACUGGGAUAACAACGAGGGGGCCAACUACACCUUGCGCUAUGUGUGCUCCACAGAUCCACUCUGAGCCCUUUGUUUGAGACAUGGAGAGAGGUUGACCAGCACACGAAGUUCCAUCAAGAACUCUUGAGGAACCUUAGCUGAGCGUCGCAUUAACCAAGCUUGGAGAGAAAGGAGCAAAGCGUUAAAUAAACCAUCAACUCUCAGCGCAGAUCAACGCACCAGCAAGCACAGAGGGUCUGGCAAUGCUCUGACCCUCUUUCGACUGACCUUUCUACUUGCCUUCUAGAAUUCCCAGCUUGCAAUGGACUAAGGAACACCCCAGUCCCCUAAGCAGGGGUUCUCUCCAAGAAAGGGGCUGUGGAACCCUGAGUCAGGACCUGUGACCUUGGGGAUUUGUUUCUAAUGUGAGAUGUAGUCCUUACAGCUUGAUGAAAAUCUGUAGGGAAAGACAGGCACCCCACCUCCAGGAGGGAACCUUCACACCAAGGUUUGAUUCUCAGAAGGCUCCGUGGGUGCUGAUCAGCCUUUCCAUUUAUCUGGGAUCUGGAAACGUCUGUCCAGACACAGCGCUAUUUUCUUCUGUGAUUGGAUACAAAUGUCCUUUUAAAAAGUAAAGGCCACGUGCACAUGCUCCAUGCUUCAUGUUUCACCUUCUGGGGGUUUGGGU